ACGGCUGGCCCGGCUGAGCGCGGCAGCGCAGAGCGGCUGCAGCUCCUUUCCACGAUGGCCAGGCGCCCGCGGAGCAGCAGAGCGUGGCAUUUUGUCUUGAGCGCAGCCCGCCGGGAUGCGGAUGCCCGGGCUGUCGCUCUGACAGGGACUGCCAACUGGGGCUACGACUCUGAUGGGCAGCACAGCGACUCAGACUCCGACCCCGAGUGCACGUCCCUGCCGUCAUCAAUCCCCAGCGCCGUGCCGGUGACUGGAGAGGCCUUCUGCGACUGUGACAGCCAGAGCGAGGCCUUCUGCGGCAGCCUGCACACUGCCCACUGGGGCCGGGACUGCCGCUGCGGCGAGGAGGACGAGUAUUUCGACUGGGUCUGGGAUGACCUGAACAAGUCCUCGGCCACCCUGCUGAGCUGUGACAACCGGAAGGUCAGCUUCCACAUGGAGUACAGCUGCGGCACGGCAGCCAUCCGGGGCACCAAGGAGCUGGGGGAGGGCCAGCACUUCUGGGAGAUCAAGAUGAUGUCGCCCGUCUACGGCACCGACAUGAUGAUGGGCAUCGGGACGUCGGAUGUGGACCUGGACAAGUACCACCACACGUUCUGCAGCCUGCUUGGCCGGGAAGAGGACAGCUGGGGCCUCUCCUACACAGGCCUCCUCCACCACAAGGGCGACAAGACGAGCUUCUCCUCGAGGUUCGGCCAGGGCUCCAUCAUCGGCGUGCACCUGGACACCUGGCACGGGACGCUGACCUUUUUCAAGAACAGUAAGUGCAUAGGCGUGGCGGCCACGCAGCUGCAGAACAAGAGGUUCUACCCGAUGGUGUGCUCCACGGCGGCCAAGAGCAGCAUGAAGGUGAUCCGCUCGUGCACCAGCGUCACAUCCCUGCAGUACCUGUGCUGCUACCGCCUGUGCCAGCUGCGGCCUGGCUCCGGGGACACGCUCGAGGGCCUGCCCCUGCCGCCCGGCCUCAAGCAGGUGCUGCACCACAAGCUGGGCUGGGUCCUCAGCAUGAGUCGCCAGCCUCCUGCGCCCUCGCCCGCGGCCAGCGGACCCGAGCCCCGGCACUGCCAGCGGAAGCGCUGCCGAAGGACCUAGCCUGCUCCCUGAUCGAGACCCCCGGGGCUGGGACAGCGCGGUCCUCGCCCCGCCUGUGGACUGCCCCAGGGCCGCCGAGGGGAGGACCGAGCUGAGGUCUGUCCCGCUGCCCCUCUGCUGCCUGAGGAUAGGACGGGCCUCACUGCAGGGGCUCGGGGCUAUCAGCCCUAUGACCCCGAGACCCAGCCUGUGUGCUCCGGUGCUGGGCGUGAGAGCAGCCACCGCCCCAGCGCAUCUGGGCUCAGGCCUGGGGGGCUGGCAGGGGAGGGGCUGGGGGGCUGUGGUUCGCUGCCUGCGAGGAGGACGCUCCUUGAGGUCGGCUCUCCCUGUCACCACGGGCCUCAGGUUUUUCUUACCUUGCUUUGCAUGUCGUCAGCUCUGUUCCUCCUGUCUGAGGCUGAAAGCGACCAUAAUAAACUAAGUCUGAUGUCAAAAAAAAAAAAAAAAA